GGCUUUGAAUGUACUAUUUACAAUAAGAUGCAUGAAUAGUUUCAAUGCUCAACAGUUAACUACUCAAGCGACAACACAGAAUUUUUAAUGUAUCAAAAUCAAGAGACAUAAAAAGAAGAAGUAUAAGAGGAAGAAGCUGUUUUUGGUACAUCGAUGUCCCCAAUCAUCCUGCAAAGUCAGAAUUUGAAUUGAGUUUUUGGAAGAAGAGUUUUCGCGGUAACAAAAAAAGGAGCCACAGGACAUAGGACACAUUAUUAUGCCCCAAAAUCAUCUCCAGUAGUGAUUUCUACAUGAAAUAUGCAUAGAAAACAUGUUUUGGGGUGACUUUAAUUUUUUGGCCUAAGACAAUACCUUUCCUACACUAGGUGUGCGGAAAAGUAAAAAUGAUACUUAUAAAAAACUGAUUCAAUAAUCUGAUGAGCAAUCGAAUAUUGAAUGAACCAUUCUUCGCACUUUUUAUCACGGACCGGUGAUGUGGAUAAAAUCAAAUAUCUACUCGCACAUGGAGCUAAUGUGAACGUCGAAGAUGGAGAUAAGCGUACACCUCUUCACCGAGCUGCUAUGGCAGAUCAUACAGAUGUGAUCAAAACUCUUGUCGAUGCGGGAGCCAAUGCUAAUUCGACAUCUGCAGAUAAAAAUACACCGCUUCAUUAUACCGCUGAGUGGGGUAACACAGAAGCGAUCAAGUACCUAGUCGACCAUGGAGCCAACGUAAAUGCUGAAGACGAUCACAAACGUACACCUCUUCAUCGUUCUGCACAAAAUGGCCAAACCGAUGCAACCAAAACUUUAAUCGAUCACAGAGCCAAUGUUAAUGCCGAAGACAAUUGGAAAAGUGCCCCUCUCCACCUUGCUGCUGAGAAAAAUCAUGUUGAAACAGUGAAAACUCUAAUUGAACAUGGAGCCAAUAUGAAUGUAGAAAACCAGGAUGAACGUACACCAACUCGUUGGGCUGUUGAAUGUGGUCACAUAGAUGUAGUUAAAUAUCUGAUAGAACAAGGAGCCAAUAUCAAUGCUCAAAGUAAAUAUAAAGACACACUUCUUCACUGGGCUGCAGAGAAUGAUCACACAGAUAUAGUCAAAUAUCUUGUCGAACAUGGGGCCAAUAUUAAUGCGAAAGGGUUUCACAAAGAAACACCACUUCAUAAGGCAGCUGAGAAUGGUAAUGCAGAAGAGGUCAAAUAUCUACUCAAACAUGAAGCCAGUGUGAAUGCUGAGGUUUUUUUCAAACAGACCCCCACUCAUUUCGCAGCAAAGAAUGGUAAUGUGGAUGUAAUCAAAUAUCUGGUAGAACAUGGUGAAAAUGUCAAUGUGGUAGACGGUAGCAAACGUACACCUCUACACCUAGCUGCACAGAAUGGUAAUAUAGAAGCCGUUAAAUAUCUAGUCGAACAUGGAGCUAAUGUAAAUCUGGCAGAUAGUGAUGAAUAUACACCAAUUCUCUACUCUGCUAAGAAUGGUAAUAUCGAACUAUUCAAAUAUCUAGUCGAACAUGGAGCAAAUUUGAAUGCGUAUGGACGGUUGGAAUAUACCCCACUCCAUUAUGCUGCAGAAAAUGGUCAUGCAGAAACAGUCAAAUAUCUAGUUGAACAUAGAGCACAGGUGAAUGCUGAAGAUGAGGAGACACAAACUCCACUUCACAAGGCAGCUGCGAAAGGUAAUGUAGAAGCAAUAAAAUAUCUGGUAGAACAUGGAGCCAAUAUAAAUGCAGAAGAAAAUUACAAACGUACACCACUUCACAGGGCUGCAGAGAAUGGUAACACAGAAGCAAUAAAAUAUCUGGUAGAACAUGGAGCCCAUAUAAAAGCAGAAGAAAAUUACAAACGUACAUCACUUCACUGGGCUGCUCGGAAUGGUAACAGAGAAGUACCUAGUCGACCAUGGAGCCAACGUUAAUGCUGAAGAUGAUGACAAAGAAACACCUCUUCAUAAAGCUAUACACAAUGAGCAAGCAACAAAAACUUUAAUAGAUCAUGGAGCGAAUAUAAAUGCCAAAGACAAUAAGCAGAAGAGUCCGCUUCACUACGCUGCUGGUUACGGAG